AUGACUGCAGUGGCCGAAGGUGUAGCAGCCGCGAGGGUGUCAUUGAAUGAUCGGAAAAGUGGCCCCAUCUUUUUGGCCUCCAACAUCACCUUGGAUGGCAUCAUCCCUGAGAACUACGGUUGCCAGAAUUGCUCGUUCGAAGGAGCACUUGCCGAAAAUAGCAGUAUCAAAGGCGCUUGUUGGGAUGAUGAUGGUUGGGGGGGUCUGCUUCCCUUCCUCCUCCUCUCGUCAGUUGCUGUAGCCUUGGGGUGCAUGUUCUUUGCAAAGAGUCCGACAAAAGGCGCGCGAUGCAAAACCCCGUCAUCAUUGUGUCCUAUAGCGAAUGCUGGAAUCAUGAAAGCACACAGCAAACACGGUCAGGCGCCUCUUUCCUUGUGCCCGUUUGCAUCACGAGGACAAAGGAAACCAAACAGGCGGACUCUUUUGAAGAAGUUGCCAGCCCGACCGUUUGCCUCCUCCACACCUUCUAAUGACGUGUCCUCGACGACCUCAUUUUGGGAGCUAUACCAGAAGAUUGCCAAUGAAUAUACUGGUCUCUUUGGUGACUCUCUGGAUGCGCCCGAUAUUUUGGCUGGUGCACCCUUGCUGCGUGCCAUUGUGAACAUGGCGGAGCACCAGUCGCCUCAAGAAUACGCCCGAUGCAAUGCGGAUCAGUAUAGAGCCUGGAUGGUCGAAGGAUUGUCCAGCAACCGUGUCUCGAACUUGAUGGCUGAAUUGGAAUCUUUGAGGCGGUCAGAGUUGAAACUUGUACUUGGUGCUUGUGUCUACCUUCGCCAUUCGUGGCAUCAGGGAGACCCAACUGCUGGACCUGUGGAAACCACGCAACCGAUGGAUGCGCAUGGCAAUGUUGUGACGGAGCCCUCUCAACUAUCGAUCGCAGUAGAGUUUGUCGCGAAGCGACUGGGUGUGGCCCCGUUUUUCAAUGUGUAUUCUUGGCUCUUUUGUAAUUGGAGAUGGACACCGUCGUCCGCUGCUGUUAAUGAAGGCUUGACAUUUGACAAGAUUUGCAAUCUCCAAGCAGGAUCAAUGUCUCCCCGCUUCUACUGGCUGACGGGCACUGCCAGAGAAUCGGAAGCCAACUUUUGGAGGGCGUUUGCAUACAGUGAGCUCAUGGCCAUUCCAAUGUACGGAGCGAUUGGUAAUCUGAUGGAUCAAGUCAAGAAACACCACCAACAACACGCGCCGCCAACUCCAGCAGCGAUUGAUCGAGUCGUCCAAAGCUUGCAGUCUAUUCGGGAGGCCACAAGCAACAUCACCGCCGCCCUGGUGGCAUACGGGACCCCGGAACUGGUGGAUGCCCAACAGUUUGUCCAGAUGCAGAAUACAGCCCACUAUGCUGGCACAACCGCUGGCGCAUCGGGAUUCCAGGCACCCUGCAUGGUAUUGCUGGACACACUGUUGGGUGUGGAUUAUUCGGCUGUGUCUGUCGAGCUACAAGAAACACGCCAUGAAAACAUUGCGGAAAUGCUCCCGGAAGUUGUCCGCAUCCUCUUUGGGAUUGUCCGUCCUGGUGCCAGGGAUCUAAGGCAGACUUUCAUUCCGAACAUUGUGUGCCCGGAGCAGAGACAACGCGUACAAACGGCAUUCAAUGGUGUUGCGGACGAGCUCAUCUUGUGGCGGAGUUGCCAUCGAUCCCGGGCUGGCAAAUUCAUUCAAGCCAGCACUGUCACAACCGGUCGGACCAACGAGGACAUGAGCGCAAAUGUGCACAGCACGUUUCGGAAGGAAAUGAGCUCCAUCAUUGCUGCCACCAAGGCCACCAGAUUAGAAAUACAUUAA